AACAAAAAUUAAUUACUUUAUGUAAAAAAAUUAUUUAUUUUGUGUUUUAUUUACUUUGCUACGUAGUCGUUCUAGGAUCAAUUAGUCACGACUAGCUAGCGCGGAUGCGCGCACCAGGACCACUGUUCGCUAGUAGUACCUGAUCAAGCAGACACAUGAUCAAGGACGUUCUAACCGUGGCAAACUACAUUAUUUAAUGUAGCCUUUCUUUUUCCAAUACAACAUAGCUACAGUUUGAUGCCCCUAUCUUGACUUUGUUUCCUCAUAACAUUCUUAAAAACACGUAUUUUUAAAGGAGAAUCUUGCAGAGAUGGUGUAGACUACAGAUUUUUCUUUAAAAUCCUACGUUUUCACAGUUGGAAGAGAGGUUUCGAACUCAUAUUUUUGAAAACUUCAAUUUUGUUUUUUCGACGCAGUCGUAAUCUGCAUCACCGAAAGGUGUCUGGGCAAAAUUUCAUGAAAAGAUUUUCCACUUAUGAGAAAGUCAUGAGGAAGCAACAUCGUUGGUGAUGCCAAACUGUAGUAUAGACCUAAAAAGCACCACCUUGAAGAUGGAGCAAGACAAGUCCUUCUACAUGGACCGGAGUAUUUGCCAGCAAACUAUGGCACCUUAAACAAGAAGAAGAAGAAGACAACAUAAUGUACCAAGCAUCGAGUGGGAACCAAAACGACUGUGAGCAAGAAUUAAGGAAUUAUUUUCAACUCCACAUUAGUGUGAAAGACUUGUAUGAGAAAUGGCGUGAAGCUGAUCCUGUGUUCUGCAAAACGGUUGGAACCAAACUGCAAGGAAUACGUGUUCUACGACAGGAUCCUGUGGAAAAUCUUUUUUCUUUCAUUUGUUCCUCAAAUAACAACAUAGAACGAAUAACUUUAAUGAUUGAGAAACUCUGCUGCCAUUACGGAGAGGAAAUUGGCAGUUUUGAAGAGAAAACCUAUUAUGCCUUCCCCACUGUGGAUGCAAUGUCUGUGUGUGGUGUUGAAGAAAAGUUAAGGGAACUUGGUUUUGGCUAUCGAGCUGGUUAUAUCAGUAAAAGUGCUAAAUAUAUUGCUUCUUUGGAAAAUGGUGUCAACUGGUUGUAUAACCUUCGUAAUGUCUCAUAUGAGAAUGCUAAAGAAGAACUUCAAAAAUUAACAGGAGUUGGUGCCAAGGUUGCUGACUGCGUAUGUCUAAUGUCUCUGGACAAAACUGGUGCCAUUCCAGUGGAUACCCAUAUUUUACAAAUCACUAGUCGAGAUUAUUUGCCAAAACUCCAAGGGAAACAAACACUUUCCACAAAAUGCUACAAUGAAAUAGGUGACCAUUUUCGAAAUAUUUGGGGAGAAUAUGCUGGAUGGGCUCAAACAGUCCUGUUUGCAUCUGAUCUCAGACGAUUUAAAGAUAAAAAUGAGGAACCACAAACGAAAAAGAAGAAAACUAGCAACAAGAAGACUGAGAAACAUAAGAAGACAAAACAGAAAUAAUACUUUUAUCGAAGAUCAGGGUAUCAUCUAAGCCCCUUCCCUUGAAACUGCUGGCUUAAAUCACAAACAAUCAUUAUUCAAUCAAGUUUUUCAGGGGUCAACAAAAUCAACUAUCCCCACUCUAAAACAUUUCUGAACUUCUGCCUAUGUAAGAAAUCAUCAUUAUCAUUAUUAUUAUUAUUAUUAUUAUUAUUAUUAUUAUUAUUAUUAUUGUUAUUAUUGA